AGCAAUGCUCAGAGCAAACCUGUAACCGACUUACAUCAUCUUCAGCAUGAAGAUAGCCACGGUGGUGCCAAUGCUUCUGACCCUGGCUCUCUAUCUCACACAAGAUGCCGCCAGUGGGAAAGAAAAUCAGGACUCAUGCACUGAAUUUCGAGCAUUGAUGAAAAAUGGGAAACUUUUGUGUUCCCAUGGCAAGAAACAUUCUGAAAUCCUCAAUGACAUUGCUUUCCAAAAUAAAUGCAUGUCGUGCAAAAUGAUACUGGAAUUAGAAGCAACGUUCAAGAAGAGGGCAAGGCAUUUGUCAAGAGCCACCAGGGCCACUGUCCCAGCAAAGUUGAAUUGUGAGGCUCUCAAACAAGGAGGAAAAGAUGGAGAUUCCAUCUGUGCCUCCGAUGCUUCUGCCGUCUGUGGCACAGAUGGGAGAACAUACCGCAGCAGAUGUGAGCUGUGUGCUGAGAAUGAGAAAAGCGAGAACCAAGUUGGCAUAAAAAGUGAAGGGGAAUGUGACAGCAGCACUCUAGAGAAGGAUGUGUGCAGUGAUUUUCGGGCCUAUGUGCAAGAUGGAAGACUGGGAUGUACAAGGGAAAACGAUCCAAUCCGUGGUCCUGAUGGGAGGACCCAUGGCAAUAGGUGUGCCAUGUGUGCUGAGCUCUUUUUAAAAGAAGCUCGAGAAAAUGCCACACGAGACAGAGAAAACAGAAUUCGGAGAGACGCUGAGAAGGAACUUUGCAAGGAAUAUGAAAACCAAGUGAGGAGUGGAAGGCUCUUUUGUACCCGGGAAAGUGACCCAGUUCGUGGCCCUGAUGGCAAGAUGCAUGGGAACAAGUGUGCCCUGUGUGCUGAGAUCUUCAUGAAACGUUUCACAGAAGAAAAAAGUAAAGCAGAGAUAAAGCAGAAAGAUGCUGAAGAAAGGGCUAAAGCUAAAAUGGAAAUUAAGAAACGCUGUAGUGAAUUCCAAGAUCGUGCAAAGAAUGGAACGCUUUUCUGUACCAGAGAAAACGAUCCUAUUCGUGGUCCAGAUGGAAAAACACAUGGCAACUUGUGUUCCAUGUGCCAAGCUUUCUUCAAAACAGAAGCCGAAGAAAAGAAGAAGACUCAGGAUGGAACCAGAAACAGAAGAGGAUCUGAAAAGUCAGAAACAUAUGCCAAGCUAUGUGAUGGAUAUCGCAAGGUCAGGAGGAAUGGACAACUAUAUUGCACCAGAGAGAAUGACCCUAUCAGGGGCCCCGAUGGAAAAAUCCAUGGCAACACAUGCUCCAUGUGCCAGGCUUUCUUUAUUCAAGAAGACAAAGCAAGAGCAAAGGUUAAGAGAGAAGCCGCGAAGGAAAUGUGCAGUGAGUUCCGGGACCAAGCAAAGAAUGGAAUGCUCAUGUGCACCAGGGAAAAUGACCCUGUUGUUGGCCCAGAUGGAAAAACACAUGCAAAUAAGUGUGCCAUGUGUGCCAGUGUGUUCCUAGUAGAAGAGGAAGAGAAAAAAGCUGACAAAAGAGAGAAUGAGAUGGUUGAGACUGGAAAGACGAGGAGAGAAGCAAUACAGGAACUAUGUAGCAAAUACCGUCCCCAGGUAAGAAAUGGUCGACUUUCCUGCACCAGAAAGAGAGAACCCACUGAGGGCCUGGAUGGGAAGAUCCAUGAAAACACCUGUGCCAUGUGUGAGGCCUUCUUCCAGCAAGAAGCAAAGGAAAAUGAAGCUGGUUUCAUCGCAAAGGUUAAAAGAGAAGUUAAGGUCGACUGCAGUGAGUUCCUGAGCCUUUUAAAAGGUGGAGAACUUUUCUGCACACGAGAAAAUGACCCUGUGCGUGGCCCGGAUGGCAAGACCCAUGGCAACAAAUGUGCCAUGUGCAAGGCUGUCUUUGAGAAAGAAAAUGAAGAAAGAAAGAAAAAAGAAGGGGAAAAUCAGAGAAUCACUUCAGGGCACAGUUCCAGCGGAGGGCGCCAGAAGACUAAGGAUGAAUGCAGUCAAUAUUGGGAAAGCAUGAAAAAAGGAGAACUCAGCUGUACUCGGGAGAGUGACCCUGUGCGUGGUGCUGACGGGAAACCAUACAACAAUAAAUGUGUCAUGUGCAAAGAACUCCUGCAGAGAGAAAUGGAUGAAAAAAAUAAAAAUUCCGCCUCAAGAUCAAAUGGGACUGCAUCAGCAAAAAAGGAUGUAUGUGAUCAGUUUAGAAGCCAAAUGAAAAACGGGAAACUCCUGUGCACACGGGAAAGCGACCCUACUCGGGGUCCAGAUGGCAAGACUCAUGGCAAUAAGUGUGCCAUGUGCAAGGAAAAGCUGGAAAAAGAGGCCGCUGAAAAGAAAAAGAAAGAGGAUGAAGACAAGAGAAACGCGGGGACAAACAAGAGCGAUAAGGAGGACCAAUGCCAUGAGUUCCGGAGCAUGCAGUUAGAUGGAAGGCUGAUCUGCACCAGAGAAAAUGAUCCCAUUCGAGGCCCAGAUGGCAAGACGCAUGUUAACAAGUGUGCCAUGUGUCAGACCAUUUUUGAGAGAGAAGCUAGCGAAAGAAAAAUGAGAGAUGAAGAAAACUCACAUUCCCAGCCUGCAAAUGAGGAAAAGUGUGGAGAAGUUCACAAGCCAGCAGAAGAUGCAAAGCCCAGGCAGGCCAGGAAUUCCUUGCCCUCUGCUGCUGGGGGCAGUGAAGAUGAGUGCAGUGAGUUUCGAAAUCUUAUGAGAAACGGCAAGCUUUUCUGUGACCCAGGGCGUGGUGCUGAUGAAGUCUUCUACCUGAAGAAGUGCCAGAUGUGCAGCGGUUUCCUUGAAAAAGAAGCUUUGGAAAGGUCAGGGCUUCAAGAAACACCGUCACAAGUUACGUCUAUCAAAGAAGAGAAUGGUCCAGAGUUUUCUACUGCCUCUCUGGAUGCUGAUAUGUGCAAACACUACCGAAUAUUGCCCAGGAUGGGUUAUCUUUGCCCAAAGAAUUUACAGCCUGUCUGUGGAGAUGAUGGCCGAACAUAUGCCAACCCUUGUUUGCUCUGUCAUGAAAAUCUGAUGCGUCAGACUAAUACGCACAUACGUAGUCAAGGGGAGUGUGAAGAGAGCAGCAACCCGGAAGCAGUCCCGGCCAGCCCACCCACAUCUGAAAAAUGAUGCAAUGAUUGGUGAAAGUCACAAGGAAAAAGCUAUGCCUCAAUUCUGAACCGCCUGCCUUCACCAUCUGUGUAUAUAAAGAAUUCUUCAAACUCAUCUUUUUACUAUAGAAAGUAACGCAGAGCUGUUGGUAUUGGACUCACUGGUUUUCAGUCUUUCCAUCUCUCUCCUUCUAGGCUCAGUGAUCUGAGGGUGUGGAGAUCUCCACCCAGUCUACGCUCUGGAAAUCUGAUCGCAAUGUUGUCUGUCCAACUGCCUGUUUAAUAAAAGUAGAAACUCAGCAGAACAUCCUUUUGGGGAUUUGUUUCUCACGCUAGGUGACAGGAGCAUCUUUUUAAGUAGGAGCUGAAUAUAUGGUACACUUUGUCUUGCUGCCCUGGUAAGCCAGCUGCUGCCAUUGUUAGAGAGGUGGAGCAAUAUGGGCUCCCAGGCAGCCAAUAUGUAUGUGGAACUACCUGCCACCAUAUCAGACUCCUUUCCCAGUGCCUGUAUUUCCAUAAAUACUAUAUCUACAUUACAUAAAUUAUAUAACUGACACAAUCCAUUAAUUUCUCAUAUCUAAUUACUUACCUCUUGAUAAUUGCUUUUUUAAUUUUUGAAAGUAUACCAUGGUUUUCUACCUACAGUCUGGAAAAGAGUAAAGAAAUGUAUCCACAAUAUAUGUAAAUAUCUAGGGUGACAAUCUCCAACAACUAGGUAAAAUUAAUUUUAAUUCUUUUAUCCAGCCCAAUGUAUCACUCACUAAUUCAACUAACAUAAAUGUUUUAUGUAAUACCUUUGAUAAUGAUGUGUAUUUCCCACUAUCAUUACCUCUAGUUUAUACCAAUCAUGUUUCAAGCGUUCGUUGGCCACAUGUGGCUGGAGGUGGCUGUCUUGGCCAAUGCAGCUGUGCCAUGCAAUAACAGACAUGGGAAAGUUUGGAAGGAAUGCACUAUUAAUUAGGGAUGGCAUGAAACAACUUGUGGCUUCAGGCUUUCUGCUGAAACUCUACUAUUCUCAGAAUCUAGUCCCUGGUGUUCUGUGGUCUUGGUAGGUAUCAGAUUUGCUCCAAGAUUCUAGGCUGAAGAAGACCGAACUGCAGAAAACGCAGACAACCUGCAUCUCUCCAGCCACCCUCAGCUACAGGAAAAAUAUGUCCAGAGCGGGACUGACCUAUUUACAUCUAGGAAGCUAAUUUUGUAUUUUCUCUCUGUCUUUUGUUUUUAUAAAUAAAU